AUGGACGUUUCCGGUGCCGGUGGCUGGGACGAGGCUCCCUGGAAGAAGCUGUGCGCUGAGGAGCUGGAGAAACAGUACACACCCAGCAAAUGGACCGUCCGGCUGGGAGCAGAGGAAACCCUGAAGACCUUCUCUCAGAUAGGAAGCCAGGCCACCAGCAAGGCCCGGGCCACCAGGAGGAGCCAGCUGCAUGUUCCCUAUGGAGAUGGCAAAGGGGACAAAAUAGACAUCUACUUUCCUGAUGUGGCUUCUGAAGCUUGGCCUUUCUUGGUGUUUGUCCAUGGAGGAUACUGGCAGUAUGGAAGUAAAGAUGAAUCAGCCUUUAUGGUGAACCCACUGACGGCACAGGGCGUGGCUGUGGUUGUAGUGGCUUAUGACAUUGCUCCCAAAGGCACCCUGGACCAGAUGGUGGACCAGGUGGCCCGCAGCACCGUCUUCGUGCAGAAGCGGUAUCCAUGCAAUGAGGGAAUUUACCUGUGUGGACACUCUGCAGGAGCUCACCUGGCUGCCAUGAUGCUUCUGACUAACUGGACCAAGCAUGGAGUCACGCCCAAUCUCAGAGGCUUUCUCCUGGUCAGUGGGAUCUAUGACCUGGAGCCCAUCGUGUCCACCUCAGUGAAUGCCCCUCUCCACAUGACGCUGGAGGGUGCUCGGAGGAACAGCCCACAGUGGCACCUGGAGGCAGCCCCAGUGAAACCUGCAGAUCCAGCCUGCCCCGUGCUGGUGAUUGUGGGUCAGCACGACUCCCCGGAAUUCCACCGACAGUCCAGGGAGUUCUAUCAGACACUGUGCACACGAGGGUGGAAAGCCUCAUUUGAAGAACUGCACGACGUGGAUCACUUUGAAAUCAUUUGGAAUCUGACCCAGGAGGAUGACGUGCUCAACCAGAUCAUUUUGAAAACAAUCUUCCAGAAGGACCCCCAGCCCUCAUCUACCCCAGAAAGCCUUCAGAGCUGAAGUGACAGUGCUGGUCAGCCCCAGCAUGGUCCAUUCUUCUCACUGCUGUGAC